UAGAGGCGGGACAACAUGGCAGGAACUCCAGUGUUCAGCUGCAGUUAGCUCAUGAGCUGUUCAAACUGUAACGUUUUUAUCCGUUUAUUGAGACCAAAUAAAGAUUGUUCACCUUCAGCGAGAGUUAAUUGACUUAUUGACAUAAUAUUAUUCACGUUUGCUCACGUUUAACGUCCCGCAUCUGUGUGAAGGUGUCGAAAAAAGAUUGCUGAAGUGAGUACAAGUUGCUAUCUUAGGCUAACAGGUAAACAUGCGUACUGCUGCACGUAGACGUGACUGAGAGACAACGUGGUGUGAGGAUCCUGACAACAACAACAACAACAACAAAACGAGCAGGGAUGAAGAAGUGGAACUGGCGAGAAGGGCAGCGACCUCACCGGCGACAAGGUGCUGGUCAAGGCCAUGGCUGGCACAGAGACAACCGGCGGUGGUCUGACCAUGAUGAUGCAGGGCCAUCACACAGAGCAUCUCAGAGGAGACAUGAAGACGAGUCCUCCUCCUCCUCCUCAUCUUCCUCUAAGGCCAGCAGUGCUGCACCAGAGCUGCCUGGUUUCUACUUUGACCCGGAGAAAAAUCGUUACUUUCGCCUUCUGCCCGGACACAACAACUGCAACCCACUGACCAGAGAGCAGCUGCAGGAAAAGGAGAGAGAGAAACAGAGGAGCAAGAUGCUCGCCGAGGACGAAAAGCCCAGAAAAAAAGCACCAAGAACAGGACUGAACACCUCCCUCCUGCUGCAGAAAAGACACCUUGGCCUGUUACCUGAGAACUCCUACUGCAGGCUGGUCCACGAGGUGAAGGUCAGCGGAAUGAGACGCCACAAAAUAGAGAUCCAGAGCACGGACAACAGCAAUCCCAACACCGACAACUUCAGACUCAUAGUGGGCGACUCGGCGUGCGAGCGAGUGUUCACGGUCAACGACGUGUCGCAUGGAGGCUGCAAGUACGGCAUCAUGAACUUCAGCAGCAGCAGCCGAGGAUCCCUGUCUGUGGAAAUGUGUGACAACCUCUACUUCACAAACCGCAAGGUGAAUUCCAUCUGCUGGGCGUCAGUGAACUAUCCGGACUCCCACGUUUUACUGUGUCUGGUAGGAGCGGCAGACACUCCUGGCUGUGUCAGUUUACUUCCUGCUUCCCUCUUCAGCAACUCUAACCCAGACCAGCCCGGGAUGCUGUGUAGCUUUAAGAUAUCUUCAGCCUGGUCUUGUGCUUGGUGUCUCAACCCCCAGUUUGACAAGACCUUCAGCACUGGUCUGUCUCGUAGGGUGAUCAUGAAAGAUGCAGAGACGGGCCGAACACAGACAUACAGCACCGGCAGCGAUGUCUUGGCCCAGCAGUUUGCCCAUAGGGUCCCUGUGCUGUUUAAUGGUUGCAGAUCAGGGGAGAUCUUCAGCAUUGACCUGCGGCAGCGCGGCCGCAGGGAUCAAAGCUGGAAGACAAGCCGCUUCCAUCAAGAGUCAGCCAUCACGUCUGUACGCGUCCUGCAGGAUGAGAACUACCUGAUUGCUGCUGACAUGCUAGGCCAGAUUAAGCUGUGGGAUGUGCGAGUGACAAAGCCAGUGCAGGAGUACAAAGGACACUAUAAUGAACACGCCUACCUUCCCAUUCACGUCAAUGAACCUGAGGGGCUUCUGCUGGCAGUUGGUCAGGAUUGCUACACAAGGUUAUGGAGCUUAAAAGACGGACACCUACUGAGGACUAUCCCAUCACCCCACCCAGUCGCAAACGACUUGAUCCCGAGCGUCGUCUUUUCCUCCAAGUUGGGGGGCUGCAGAGGACUCCCCGGCCUGCUCAUGGCUGUCAAACACGACCUUUACUACUUCCCGUACAACACCGACUACCAGGAAGGAGGAGAGCAGCAGCAGCAAGCUGGAGACUAAAAAAAUGUUUCAUCUCACGAUCGGAAAAUAAGGACCCCUAUGUUUCUUUGCCAAGCGUAUGAAUAGUUAUUGGAUUGAAAAAGUUUGCAAAAGUAUGCAGCUCAUUUCCGCAAGGUUGAACUUUUGAUUGUGAAGUUGACCUCAGAAGAGUUACAUUGGAGUCUCAGGGGAAUGUUUGUUUUUUAAAUUUUUGACCAACAUGUUUGUGCCAAAUUGAAAUCAAAGUGCUACAUGCUUGAGUGCCACACGAUGACUACAGUUAAGAUAGUGCUCUCUGUAACCUUUACAAAAAAAGUGCACUUACUUAUGACGUGAUUUAUGAUUUAAAUUCUGGUGUAAUCGGGGAUGUCUCUGAUCUGAAUUUGAAAAUGACGUUUACACUGUAAAUCAGCACAUUUUGUAAUUGUCACUGAAUGAAAAAACAUCUAUUACACUGUAUUUGCUCCUAAAUGACCCACACACAGAGUGAGUUUCUGCAGUUUAAUACAUAUUGUAUGAGCAUACAUGAACAUAAAGGUAUUGAUUUG